GCGAAAGGGACAGAGAUAGAAAAUCCUGUAUAGACAUUUUCUAACCUCAAUAUUCCGUUUUUCAUUUCAUAUAAGGUUUAUUAAUACGGGUGGUCAUCAGAAAAAACGCCAUUGAGUUGUUAGGGAAAAUAACAAAAAUUCACACCUGGACCAGUGAAAAUUCAAUUAACACAUAUGCCCAAGAUCUAAGAAACAAAUCCAGUUUACAUCCAGAUCUAAUUUGUACAACAAAGUCAUGACAACAAUCAAGAACAAUGAACAACUGAUUCUUAAUUUGGCAAUACAUUCAAUGCACACUCGAUGAGAAUUUAAAGAUUUCAAUAAUAGGUGAUCAAUUGACAAAAGGGACAAGCAAUGGAUCACUUACAGGAGGUGCGUCAGUUAGAGUUACUGUGUAAACAACUCUAUGAGUCCCAAGAUUCUACGCAUCGGGCUGAGGCUGAAAAAGCUCUGGUUAAUUUUCAAAAUGCUCCAGACACUCUCACAAAGUGCCAGAUGUUGUUGGACCGUGGGGAUUCAGCUUAUGCACAGCUACUGGCUGCCACUACACUUACAAAAUUAGUGUCCCGCUCUGCUCAGGGAUUGAGUCUACAACAAAGACUUGACAUUAGAAAUUAUGUUCUCAAUUAUUUAGCAACUCAGCCGAAAUUGCCUAACUUUGUUAUUCAAGCACUAGUUACACUUUUUGCGCGUAUAUCAAAACUUGGUUGGUUUGACUCUGACAAGGAUGAGUAUGUAUUUAGGAAUGUAGUGAGUGAUGUUUCCAAGUUCCUUCAGGGAUCAGUUGAGCACUGUAUGAUAGGAGUGCAAUUACUUUCCCAGUUAACAUGUGAAAUGAACCAAAUAUCAGAAGCUGAUGCCAAUAGAUCACUAACGAAACAUCGAAAAAUAGCUAGUAGUUUCAGAGACACACAAUUAUUUGAAAUAUUUAGAUUAUCAUGCUCAUUGUUAGGAACAGCUCGAGAAAAUUGUAAAAAUUUAAAUUUCAAUGACGAAGCACAGCAUGGAUUGAUGACUCAACUUCUAAGACUUGCACAAAAUUGUCUAACAUUUGAUUUUAUUGGUACUACAACUGAUGAAAGCUCGGAUGAUCUCUGUACUGUUCAGAUUCCAACAAGUUGGAGACCUGCAUUCUUAGAUUUUGCAACUUUGAAAUUAUUUUUUGACCUCUACCACAGUCUACCUAAUACUUUGUCCUCUCUUGCUCUUUCUUGCUUGGUUCAAAUAGCCUCUGUACGACGUAGCUUAUUUUGUAAUGUGGAGAGAUCAAAGUUCCUAACUCAUCUAGUGAAUGGUGUUAAACAUACGUUACAAAAUCCUCAAGGUUUAAGUGAUCCUGGAAACUACCAUGAAUUCUGUAGGCUACUCGCUCGUCUUAAGAGCAAUUAUCAAUUAGGUGAACUAGUCAUGGUGGAAAAUUAUCCAGAGGCUAUUCAAUUAAUUGCUAAAUUCACGGUUCAAAGCCUACAGAUGUGGCAAUUUGCUCCUAACAGUGUACAUUACCUCCUGAGUUUAUGGCAGCGUAUGGUGGCUUCAGUUCCUUAUAUCAAAGCUAUUGAACCUCAUCUCCUGGAAACAUAUACACCUGAAGUCUCCAAUGCAUACAUUACUUCUAGAUUGGAAUCUGUGGCUGUAGUUGUCAGAGAAGGUCUUGAAGAUCCAUUAGAUGAUUUAGGGAUGGUACAACAACAAUUAGAGCAACUGUCUGUGAUUGGUCGAUGUGAAUACCAAAAAACCUGUACAUUAUUGGUACAGCUUUUUGACCAAGCUGCAAGGACAUAUCAGGAAUUGAUGGCUCAAACUAGUACAGCCACACAGCAAAUUGAUAUUUUAAUUCAAGAAGGACAACUUACUUGGCUUGUCUACAUUAUUGGCAGUGCCAUAGGUGGCAGAGUGUCCUUCAAUAGUAAUGAAGAACAUGAUGCAAUGGAUGGAGAACUAGUUUGUAGAGUUCUUCAGCUUAUGAAUCUCACUGACUCCAGGUUAGCGCAAGGAGGCUGUGAAAAACUCGAAUUGGCUAUGUUAAGUUUCUUUGAACAAUUUCGCAAAAUAUAUGUAGGUGACCAAGUACAAAAGAAUUCCAAAGUUUAUAGGCGUCUAUCAGACGUUCUGGGUUUGAAUGAUGAAGCUAUGGUUCUUAGCGUGUUUAUUAGAAAAAUAAUAACAAAUUUAAAAUAUUGGGGAAGAAGUGAACAAAUUAUUUCAAGGACUUUACAGUUAUUGAAUGAUUUAUCAGUAGGCUACACUUGUGUUCGCAAACUUGUUAAAUUAGAUGAAGUUCAAUUUAUGUUGAAUAAUCAUACAAGUGAACAUUUUCCAUUUCUGGGAAACAAUGUUGCUGUGACAGAAAUGCGUUGUAGAUCAAUGUUCUAUACUUCACUUGGCAGAUUAUUGAUGGUUGAUUUGGGAGAAGAUGAAGAGAAAUUUCAUACUUUUAUGCUCCCUCUUACAGCUGCUCUAGAAAGUCUAGGCCAAUUAAUGGGAGCAGCAGAUACUCCUUUGUUUGCUGCUGAAGAGGCAAAGAAAGCUUUAAUUGGUUUGGCAAGGGAUUUAAGGGGACUGGCAUAUGCUUUUAAUACUAAAACCUCUUACAUGAUGCUGUUUGAUUGGAUUUAUCCAAAUUAUACUCCGAUUCUUCUGCACGCUAUCGAACUUUGGCAUCAUGAGCCACAGGUGACGACACCGGUUUUAAAAUUAUUUGCUGAAUUAGUACAAAAUCGCAGUCAACGAUUGCAGUUCGAUGUGUCAUCGCCAAAUGGUAUACUUCUCUUUCGUGAAGCAAGUAAAGUCAUCUGCAGCUAUGGUAAUCGCAUCCCUGGCAUUGAAGUGUCCAAGGAUCAAAUUUAUCCCUUAAAAUUAAAGGGUAUAAGCAUAUGUUUUAGUAUGCUAAAAGCAGCAUUAUGUGGCAGCUAUGUAAAUUUUGGAGUCUUUAGACUAUAUGGUGAUGAAGCCCUCGAUAAUGCGUUAAAUACAUUUGUAAAACUGCUACUUAGUAUAUCGCAAAGUGACCUCUUGGAUUAUCCAAAACUGUCUGUGACAUAUUAUGGAUUAUUGGAGUGCCUGGCGCAGGAUCACAUGGCCUUUCUGUCUACUCUCGAGCCGCGCGUAUUCUUGUACAUUCUAUCGAGUAUCAGCGAAGGCCUCACGGCACUAGAUACAAUGAUUUGCAAUGGUUGCUGCGUAACCCUAGAUCAUAUCGUAACUUACUUAUUUAAGCAGCUUUAUCAGAAAGCUGGUCUUUAUCCCAGCAAAAAAAAUACAGUUGCUCAAAGUGGUGGUGAUUUGUUUUUACAAGUUUUAAAACAGCAUCCUGAAAUCCUUCAACAGAUUUUAAGUACUGUUUUAAAUGUGAUAAUGUUUGAGGAUUGUAGAAAUCAAUGGAGUAUGUCAAGACCUCUUUUGGGUCUUAUACUUUUAAAUGAAGAAUAUUUCAAUCAAUUAAGAGAAAAUAUUAUUAGAAGUCAACCAGUGGACAAACAAGCAUCGAUGGCACAGUGGUUUGAAAAUCUUAUGGAUGGUAUUGAAAGAAAUUUACUAACAAAAAAUAGAGAUAGGUUUACACAAAAUCUUUCAAUGUUUCGGAGGGAUAUAAAUGAUUCAUUAAAAGGACCGAGUAUGAAUUCAACGAAUUCGGGUAGUGACAUGAUGACAUCGUAGUGACAUUAAUAUUGUUACCGCUAUAUCGCCGAAAGCUGUAGGUUCAUGCAUGAUAAAAUGCUUGAAUGUAUAUGAGAAAAAUAGAGCAAGAUAAUAAGAGAGAGAGAGAGAGAGAGAGAGAGAGAGAGAGAGAGAGAG